CUAGGGGGGGCCCGGUGCCGCGGGGAUCCCUGGAGACCCGGGGUCCCCAGGAAGGGACGGAGCCCCCGGCCUCCGUGGAGAGAAAGGAGAGAUGGGCUUUGCGGGUCCCCGCGGCCUCAAGGGCGAGCGCGGGCUGAAGGGCGCCUGUGGCCUGGACGGCGAGAAGGGCGACAAGGGCGAGGCGGGGCCCCCGGGCCGACACGGGCCGGCCGGACACAAGGGCGACCCGGGGGAGCCGGGGGAGCCGGGCCAGGCGGGGGCCCCUGGCAAGGAGGGCCUGGUCGGCCCCAAGGGCGACCGGGGCUUUGACGGGCAGACGGGGCCCAUGGGUGACCAGGGCGAGAAAGGGGAGCGGGGCCCCCCAGGAAUUGGGGGCCUCCCAGGGCCCCGGGGCAGUGAUGGUGCCCGUGGUCCCCCCGGGCCUCCCGGCAGUGUGGGGCCCAAAGGCUCGGAAGGACUCCAAGGCCAGAAGGGUGAGCGAGGGCCCCGUGGAGAGGGCGUGGUGGGGGCCCCCGGCGCCCCUGGGGCCCCCGGAGAGAGAGGGGAACAGGGGCGGCCUGGACCUGCCGGCCCCCGAGGCGAGAAGGGACAAGCUGCGCUGACCGAGGACGACAUCCGGGGCUUCGUGCGCCAGGAGCUGGGCCAGCACUGCGCCUGCCAGGGCCAGUUCCUCGCGUCUGGAUCCCGGCCCCUGCCUAGUUACGCGGACGCCAGCGGCCGCCAGCGCCUCCCGGUGCUGCAGGUCUCCCAUGCGGAGGAGGAAGACCGAGUGCCCCCCGAGGACGAUGAGUACGAGGACGAGUACCCCGGGGAGGACGCCCAGGACCCCCUGGCCCCCUGGGACGGCGACGGCGACCCCUGCUGGCUGCCGCUGGACGAGGGCUCCUGCUCCGCCUACACGCUGCGCUGGUACCACCGGGCCGCCGCGGGGGGCGCCCGGGCCUGCCACCCCUUCGUCUACGGCGGCUGCGGAGGGAACGCCAACCGCUUCGCCACCCGGGAGGCCUGUGAGCGCCGCUGCCCGCCCCGCGGGGCCCCGAGCCCGGCAGCAGGUGCUCUCCAGCACUGAGCCCCAGAUGCGGCUGAAGUUCAGCGACCCUGGAGGCGGGGUCUUUCCUGGUGCUAGCGGCUCGUGUGCGGGAGCGUGCACACGUCCGCCCAUCCAUCCGUCUGUCCGUUCGUUGUCUCGGUGACUGGCCCCGGGGCUGGCCGUGCCCUGUGGACAGGCCCCCAUUGUGGCGCCGGCCGAUGGCUCAGUGUGGGGUGGCCGUGGGCAGGAGCGGAUGUGACUCCGCCGCCCGCCCCUCGCCCCGGGCUGGUGACAUGGUGCUGAUGGGGCAUUAAAGCUGCUGCUGUGAAAGGCCCCUGUGUGACUGGCUGCUGGGGUGGUCAGGGCUGCCCUGCCUGGCGUGGAGCCCCUCUGCAGCCCGGUGACUGUCCUGUGACCCUCAGCCCUCCACGUGUCCCCGAAGGAGCAGCUGGGGGUCUGUCCUCACUGCCCCCGGGAGGGGGUGAGGCACGGCGGGGGCUGCCUGUGCCAGCAGCCGAACCCCAGUCCCGCCCCCCACCCCCCACCCCCAGCUGAGGGCGAUAAAUGGGCCCCAGGGGCAGAGGGUGAGCCAGCCCUCGGCAGCCCGGUGCCUGGCCUUUCCCGCGGAGGCUGCUGCUCCUGGUAGGACGGGCGGGUGGUCGGAAGGGCGGGCAGGGCCUGGGGUUGAGUGGACCUGGGGGUGGGCGAGUGAAGGUCUCUGGACCUGAGGAGGCUCCGGGUCCCUGGCUGCUGCUCCCCAAGGACCUACUGCGGGGCCCGUGCGCAGACCGCAGGCCGCCUGGCCCUGCCCUCCGGGUCUGUCUCCGCUGCCAUGCCUUCCGGGGUCUGCCUGCGCCUGGGUCUCCUCCAGCUGCCUCUGCCGCUCUGCCUCCGCCUCUCCUCCUGUCACCAUCCCCUCCUUCCCGCCCCCCGUCUCUCUCUCCCUCCGUAUACAUGUGUGUGCUGGACACUCGCCAUCUCUGGGUUUCUCUCUCUCUUUUUUAAGGUUUUUUUAAAAAAUAUUUUUAUUGAUUUCAGAGAGGAAAGGAAAGGUAGAGAGAGAAAGAAAUGAAAGGACAUCACUGAUUGGCCGCCUCUUGCACACCCACAGGGAUCGAGCCCACAACCCGGGCGUGUGGCCCAGACCGGGAGUCAAACCGUGACCUCUGGCUCGAAGGUGGACGCUCGGCCCCUGAGCCACGCCGCCCGGACCCCGGGCCGCUUUCUCUGUCUCUUUAUCUAUCUCUGUCGCUCACUCUCUGCCUCACCCUCUGUCUCUGGCCCCUUCUCUGUGUCUCCCUGCUCUCACUGUGUCUCUCUCUGUGCCUGGCCUGGCCUCAGCCUCUGUCUCAGGGUCUGGGUCCCCCCUCUCUCUGUCUCUGUCCCGCCCACAGCCGCCCACAGCCUCUGCCCUGAGCCUCUUCUCUCCUCACAGCCUGACUGCGAUGCCCGGGUGGGUGAUGGCGCUGAUGGUCCUGGCGCUGGGCGGGGUCCCGCUGGCCUCAGCGACCCCUGUCCCGGCCCCACAGCUCCCGGCGCAGCACUCCCCCCCGGCCACCCCCCGCCCUGCGGCCUCGGAGAGCCCCCCAGCCAGCCCCGCGGGGAGCCAGCCCGGGCCCCGCCCCGGCCCCCGCAUCACCCUCUCGCUGGAUGUGCCCCUGGGCCUCCAGCAGAUCGUCCUGGCCCAGGCCCGGGCCCGAGCCCUGUGGGAGCAGGCGGCCGCCAACGCCCGCAUCCUGGCCCAGGUGGGCCGCCGCUGAGCGGGGGAGGGCCGCCGCGGAGCCGGACAGCACGCCUGGGCAUGGACAUCGGGCUCAUCACGUGGGCACCGCCACGUGGGGCCACAUCACACCUGCGCGCCUCGGUCCCGUGGGCCCGGACAGCUCGGACACGCCAUGGGAGUCACUGCCCGUGCCAGCUUGUUACGUGUGGGUGCCCCAUGGUCACGGAGCACCUGGACACCACCCUGUGGUCACCACCACUGCACCCGAGACCGCCCACUGAGACCAGCUCCCCGGCGGCCGGCCCCUUCCUGAGCCCGUUUCCUCGGCCGCCCUCGUCCCCCAAACGGCGGAGCCGCCGCGCUCCGUGCCCCCGUGGUGGGGGAGUGAGGGCUCUGCCCGCAGCAGUGCUCCGUGACCGGCGGGGAGGACGGCCAGUCACCCGUUCCACGGUGUGGGCACCAGGCGGGGACUCGGAGGCUGUCACCGCGGCUCUGCUGCCCGCCCACUCGGGCUGCCCACACCGGCCCUCGGUGUGCCAGGAGGAGGCUUCCCUUAUUUCACACUCUUUAAAAAGCAUGCUUUUUAUUGGUUCAGAGAGAGAGAGAAUCAAUGAUGGGAGAGAACCAUCGAUGGGCUGCCUCCUGCACACCCCCAAUGGGGAUGGAGCCCACAACCCGGGCUGUGCCCUGACCGGGAAUCAAACCACGACCUCCUGGUUCCUAGGCCGAUGCUCAGCCACGGAGCCACACUGGUGGGGCUUAUCUCACUCUCCCGUCUCCAUUGCCGGCCCGAGAGGCCUGGCCGGGUGCUGUGGGCGGGCGGCUGGGGGCGGGCAGACAGCUCCCGCUGCAGACGGGGCAGAGCGGGCGCAUGGACAGCUCUGGCGGAAAGAGGCAGCCCUGGCGGGCGGGCGGGC